AUGAAUUCGAGACAGCAUAGUACUACCACUAGUAGGGCCAACCGAGUCCAGAAGCAGCCACGCAUCUACACUUGCUCGGUAUGUCAGAGAGUGUUUAAGAGAAGUGAGCAUUGUUCAAGGCAUGAACGUGGUCAUACCCAGGAGAAACCAUUCCCUUGCAAACUAUGCGGUCGUAGAUACGCGCGAAAGGAUGUCGUCAUACGACAUGAAAAGUCUUUCCACCGUGUCGAAAAUCCACGACGUCAACAACCUCCUCCCCCUUUACAACCGUCAUCUCCAGAUUUAGAUGCUGAGUCUGAACCGUUCGCAGAUUCGAUGGUUUCUAAUGCGCAACAUUAUACUACUGAUCCUCGGCUCCCCCAGAUGCCAGUAAAACUCGAACAUCAAGAAUCACCAGAGAUGCAAUCUACAUUAGAUCCUCUACUACGAGAACAUGAUGCACAAUUGGCUGGUCAUUCCAGUUCAUCUGGUCCUCAAAUGAAUGGUCAUGGUGGGCCAAGUCAUGGAUUUCAACAAUAUCAGAAUGGUUUCAUAGAUCCAGCCUUGGAUAUUUCUGAUCUCUUUGGACCAUCGCCUAAUCUAGUAGCCCGAACCUGA